GUGCUUACGUCAUCAAUCAUAUGUCCAUAUCCAUAUUAUGGGCCCAUGUUUACAACUAGCUUCUCCCACAACAAGUGAACUGGCACAACGGGUUUAAAUUUCGGUUUAAACGUUUGAAGUAACAACAACUAAAUUUGAUUAAGGCAGUUACUAGAAGACACAAGCAAGUAGCCCAGGACCAGCCCAGGACCCAAGGAGCCGCAGCGGCUUACAAUUAACAAAUCUAAAAAAAAUCAAAACGUGCAGUCAAAUCUGGUGGCGAAACUUUUCGGUUUUUCAUUUUCCAAGCAUGAUCAACUUAAAAACUGCGUUGCUCACUUUCAAUAAAAUACGUCUACUACAGUGCUGCUCGUGCAAGUUUAUAUCAAAGAGUUCCAAAGGACAGGAAGCAAGGUUUAUGAUGAAAAUAAUGACCGGCUCGAGGAAGCCAAAAGGCAAAGUGCUGAGACAGCUUGAAUGUGAGAAGCAAAACAAUCAAGUUUUUUCAGGGAUGGAAAAAUCUUUUACCGUGAAGAGCACUUCAUCAGGAAAAAUAAACAACAGACGGAGGGAAUUGCUGAACGCCGUUUUCACAAGACACAUUGUGGACCACUUAGCAACUUCUAGCCUUCAAGGAUUAGAUAUCCAAAUAACAAGCGUAACCGUGAGUCCAGACAUUAGCUUGGUAAAAGCGCAGUGGAUAAGCAGAAGUUGUCUCACUGGACACAACGGUUCCUUGCAAGUGGAUCUUGACAAUUACGCAGCAGUACUUCGCAAAGAUCUCUCUGAUUUAAGGAUCGUUGGAGUUGUACCUCCUAUCAAAUUUGUUCCUGAUAAAACUUUGACUCAGGGUUCAAUGAUUGACCAGCUGUUGGAAACUGCUGAAAUGAGUACCGAGGAUCCUGAAUAUGAAACUGAAGAAGUGGUUGACUCAAUGCCACCUAUGAGGCAUGAUGUGCUCGGACUUGACCGAGAGAAAAUCGUGACAAAGAUAUUGAAAAAGAACUCGAAACACAUCUCAGCUUCUUUGAGCCCAUUGAGCAAUGAAAGUGGACCAAAUGAAUUUGCGUCUUUGGCUGACAUCAACAAUGCUAUAGAGGAAUUCAAGAAGAUGAGAAAGAAGACUUUGCGUGAGGAAAGGUUCAGGGAAAGGAGUCUCAGAUCCAUAGAAUAUGAAUAUUUCCUCAAUAAAGAGAUUGAUGUGCCUGAUUUCGACCAGUCAAUCUACGAAGAUCAGGAUUACAUAGAUGACGAUGAUGAGAGGAAAUAAAUAGUUUAAAUAAAAUUGCGUACGUUUUGA